AUGUAUACGCGUCACAGUAUUGGUGACGCGUAUGUUAUACGCCAACCGUGUUCAACACCAUGCGAUGAUAAUAAUGGGUGUUCGACUGGAAGUUCGCCGCAUAAUUCGCAGAAUGAUGCGUUGAAUGAGAUGUUGAGAAGUUCGGGAAGUGGAAAUGUUUUUAGAGAUGGUGGAUCUAUUAAAAGGUUGGUGUCUCAAUUUUGAUCUAUCAAAACUAGAAUUUUGAAAAAAAAAGUUUAAGAUGUAAAAUAUUUAUCGGAUUUUGAGUAAUGUUAAGCUAGACUUUCAUAAGGUUAAAUGAAAAUUUUAAGCAUAUUCUGUUCUUCUGCGGAAUAAAUUCUAAAGUUCAUGAGCUAGGUAUUUGCUUUUCAUAUUUUUUGGUCUUUAUGGUUUCAUUGAUUUAAUGGUCAAAAUGUUAUAAAGCCUGAAAAGUCUGUCUUGAAAAACUGAAAAAUUUUUUUUCACAAGCAUUAUGCCAGAAUUUUUUUUUCAAAAAAUCAAGCCCAAAAAACUUCCCGUUUUUCUGACCUCCCUAAUUUUUUUGCACUUUACACCAAGCUCCCAGCCAAUUUUGCAACAAUUUUGAAAAUUGUAAAAAAAAACAUUGAGAGACUUUUACGACCCCACUGACCAAAAACCACUUUAGACCAGAAAAAUUCAAUUUUUCAAAAGACCUUUGGGUUUAGUACUUUUCCAAAAAAUCAGUAGUGAAUUGUUUUCCCAAACAUGGAUUUAUUUCCACGUUUAUACAAAUAUAAACAAAACAAAUAUUUAUUUCCCAAAUAAUUCCAUUCCCAUUGGAUUAGUAAAAAAGGUCAUUUUUCCGACUUUUUUGGCUCUUUUUUCUCGUCUCAUUUUUUAAUGUCUUGACUAAUUUACAUAGAUAUUGAUAGACCACCAUGAUGCGUUAAUUAAAAUAUUCAUAAAUAAAAUUAGGCUUAUAUAUAUUUAGAAAUCGUCCCAUACUUCCGUAUGUCACACAUUAUUCCGAUUCGGGAUUCGGUUCGGCUCCAUCAGCCGGGUCGAGUUGCUCAUAUUUACCGCCUCCACCGCCGUAUCGAAUGCGUCCUGCAAAACCGCAACAUAAAAUUCAUCGGAGUCUAAGUGAUUCGAAAUAUACAGCAAGUCUAAUGAAUGCUGUACCGUUGCUACCAUUUAAUGUUUUACAACAGCGCGAAAUUCGAGGAACUAGUUGGAAUAGUUUGGUUAGUAAAUUGUGCAUUCUUUGAACUGGUUUUGUGUGAGAGAAAGCUUUAUGAGGGUAAAAGUAAAGUGAAUUCCGGAGAACUGUCUGAAAAAGUGAAAUUUUAGAACAGAUAUUUGAAUGUUUUUUUCUGGAUUUAUGUAACUUCUUUUAAAUAUUUGAAAUUAUUCUUAAUUGUUCGGUAUACUAAAAACUUUAAUAUACCUUAUGAAGUUUUAUUUAAAUUUCACGAUUAUCUUCAAGACGUUUUCAUCCGAUUUUAGACAGUUUUCUCUCUUACUUUUUCUCGAUAAAGCCGAUUUUUUUGCGAGUUUUCUAAUCGAAAAUUCACGGGGUGUUUUGAAUGAACAACUAAUCAAUCUAUCUAUUAACUAACACAAAGAAUGUGUGGAAUGUUGUAUCUUUUUAUUUCAUCUUCUUCUUCUUUUUUGCUGCUAUUUUCUUCAAGAAGCAACAGCGAAAAAAUUGGAGGAUAAUAAUAAUAUCCGUUCACUUUUUGUUGUCUGAUUUUUUUGAGGAAAAGAAAAACGAAAAGUAAAAGAGUUUUUGUUGUUUUUUUUCCUCUGUAGAAUAAUGUCUCUUGUUAUCCCACUUUUCUUCAACAAAAAAAAAUGAAAAAAGAGAUAAUUUUUCCUGGAACAUGGAUAAGUUUUGACAAAUGUUCAAAGUUGUGGGAAACAUUGAGAAUUGAGAGAUAAAAAGGUCAGAGAAUGGAGAUGAAAGAGCAAAAUGUUAUGUGUUUGUCUGGUGAUAGAUAAUAUUAUGAGAUGUGAAAACAUAAGUUGUUUUUUAAAACAACUUAUGUUUUCACAGAAAAAGAGGAAAAUUAAAAUUGUUGGAAAAAAGCUUCUUCUGUUGACAAAAAGGAUAUGUUACUCAUAAAAAUGAUUAACUAAUUGAGACCAUUUUCAAUGUUCUUUGAACGAAGAGAUCAAAAUUUUUAAAAAAAAUUUGUACUUUCAGAUUUUAAAAACAAACUUGAAUUUUAAUUUGUUUUUGAAUGAAAACUAUGAAAUGAAACGAUGAGACUGGAGCUAACUCCUUUUAAAACAAACGAUUUCUAGAUUUUCAUUAAUAUUUUUGACCAUGAAAUUCGUCAAACCCCCAUAUCCCCAAACUAAAAUCCCCAUAUCUUUUCUCUCCUAAAAAUAACAAGAUAUUCAGUUUCGGUUACUCAAAUCGCAUCGCAUCGCGCUUCCCAUUUCUUAUUCUCCUAAAUAAUUCAACUCAAACAAACACAACAAUGUCUUUUCCCCCAAAAGUUUUUCGUCAUUUUAUUCUUUCCGAUUGUUUUGCUUUUUUUUCAACUAACGAAAUUUUGAAGAUCAUCAAUGUAUCCUUGUCUUGUUGCUGAACACUAAUAUGAAUCAAGUAUGGCACAGAGACGGGCCAAAUCGAAGGUUUUGUUUAAUUGCAGUGUUUUGUUUCAGAAAAAAAAAACUAAUUCAAAAAUAUAAUCGAAAAUUCAAUUAAUUAUUGAUUUUGCAGAGUCCAUCUCCUUCGAUGUCGACAGUCUCGUGCCCAGAAUAUCCAGAAUUGCAAGACAAACUACACAGAUUAGCAAUGGCUAGAGAUAGUUUACAGCUGCAAGUUUCGGUGCUCAGCGAGCAAGUUGGUGCACAAAAAGAGAAGAUUCGAGAUUUGGAAACACUUUUAGCUCAGAAGCGCAACAAUCUGACUUCUACUGAAGAACUUCUACAAGAUGUAAGUUUUUUAAAUUUUUUUUUUCAAAAUCUCAGUUUCACUCAAAAAAUUCACGCUUCACUUUCACAUUUCACAAAACAACUCACAGAAAUACCAUCGAAUUGAUGAUUGUCAAGAAUUGGAGUCGAAAAAAAUGGACCUAUUGGCCGAAGUGUCGUCAUUGAAAUUGAAAUUUGCAACAUUGGAGCGUGAGAAAAAUGAGACGGAGAAAAAGUUGCGACUCUCACAGGUACCUACACUUUUUUGCACUUUCACCACACUUUUUUUUCUUCAAAUAUAAAUAUGUACAUAUGGUUUUAAUUUCCUGUUUCAAUUAAAAUGUGCACUUGAUGAUUCAUUUUUCCACUGAUCCGCUUUUUUUUUGGUUUUCGGUUUAUGAGAGAGGAUUCUUACAUUAGUUAGAGUAAAAAAACGUAGAUUUCUGAAAGAAACUCUUCAGUUUGUUACGUCAUAUGUUCCCAUGAACUUUCAACUGAAUUUGUAAAACUCCAAAGUUUUGUAGUUGCACUUUUUGUUGGAAUUCUAGAACGACUGCUUUCAGACUAUUUCUGAAUUUUCUAUUAUUUUACUAAUCUUUAAAAAAAUCUCAAAAAAUUUCGAAUCAAAUUAUCAUCAGAAUCACAUUUCAUUCAUAAAAGUUAUGCGCAUCCUUUUCCGAACUCCCCACUUCUCGAACUCCCUUGAAAAUCUUCAUUUUUUAGAACGAGAUGGACCAUGUGAAUCAAUCAAUGCACGGAAUGGUAGUUCAACAACAACUCCAUCAUACAAACGGGCACGGUUAUAUGGCUCCUUUGCGAGAGCAUCGAAGUGAAAAACAGGAUGAAGAAAUGUCCCAACUCCGUACUGCUGUGCAACGAUUAAUCGCGGAUAAUGAACAGAAAUCGAUACAAAUCAACAGUUUGAGAAAUGCCCUAGAUGAACAAAUGAGAUCACGUUCUCAACAAGAAGAUUUUUAUGCAUCGCAAAGAUGGAGUGAACAGAAUUCCGAGCGGGAUGGUUUUGAUUUGAAUGCUCAAAUUCGUCGAUUAUUAAUGGAUGAACCAAAUGAAUCAAUGUCACAUUCUACUUCUUUCCCAGUCAGUUUGAGCUCAAAUAACAGUAUGAAUAAAACACCAAGAAGUACUGUACAAUCAAGUUCAUCGUAUACCUCAUCUCUAUCAACGGCGUCACCACAACAUAGUUGGUCAAAUGCUGGAACACCAAGACAUCUUCAUCCAUUGACUGCUAAUCAAAGGCAAAUCAAUUCUUAUCGAUCACCAUCUUCUCCAGCUGCUAGACAACUUGCAGCGGAACUCGAUGAACUUCGUAGAAUGGGAAGUGAAACAAACAAUUCAGGGGGACAUUCUUAUUCGACUGCAAGUCUGCCAAGAGGCGUUGGAAAGGUAUAUUCAUUAUUUUAUUGGGUCUCUUCUAGCAAAUAAAAAAAGCCUGAUUCGGACCAAUUGUGUAACUAGAAUUUCCAAUGAUAACAAUUUCAGGCAUCCUCAACACUAACUCUUCCACCCAAGAAACUAUCAGUGGCAUCAGGCGCAUCUGCCGGUGAGUUGGGCUCAAUGAGCAGCGUUGCUCAUACGCCCAAAAGGAAUUAUCGAGCACAAAUGAACCGAUGGAUAAAUGAGAAAUUGAGGCGAAAUAAACGCGCGGCAAGCGCGCCAAAUUUAGGUGAAUCACCUCACUGAUUUAACCAACAUUUUGUUGUGCCAACUCAUAUCAUUUUCAGUUUUAAUUUUUUUUUGCAAAACAACAUACUAACUUGUUACCGGUUUGAGAAAUAUUUGUGUUUGAUAACGCCUUUGUUCAAUUUAUGCGCGGUUUUUUUCUGCUCACUUAACAGAUUUUGUUUGAUGUGAAGCUUACACAUUCACAAAUAUGCAAUGAAAAACUUCAAUACUUUUCAGUUGAAUCAGAUGAUGAGAUUGCAAGAGGCAGAAAUAUGAACGCCACAUCACAGCAAAAUUUGAAAAGCUUGUCAAGAGAUCGUACAAGAUCGUCGCUAAGGAACAUAUUCAGCAAAUUGACUCGCUCAACAUCGCAAGAUCAAAGUAACUCGUUCCGAAGAAAUAGUGCGGCAAGAUCAACAUCUACAGCAAGAUUGGGAUCAAGUAAUUAUAUUGCAAGUGUGCCAAAACGACCACCACUUUCACAAUUUGUUGAUUGGCGGUCAGAUCAAUUAUCGGAAUGGAUUGCCGAGGUGAGAUUUAGGGUCUUUUAAUCUGAUUUCAAAUAUUAAACUAUUUUUCUGAAUCAAGAAUUCAUUUUAUGAACCUCAACUCCCAACAAAAAAACUUUAAUAACAUAAUAAAACUCCAGGUUGGAUAUCCUCAAUAUAUGACAGAAGUUCGUAAAUAUGUUCGAAGUGGUCGACAUUUCCUCAACAUGAAUCCUCACGAAUUCGAAUCAUCACUCAAUAUCAAAAAAUCCAAUUCAUCGUAA